GAAACGCCACGUCGUCCGUACAUUCCAAUGGAUCGCACCGCGCUGCUGCACCGAAAUAAGGGCCGCGCACGCUACCACGCGCUCUGGACGUACGUGGCUGCCGCCGUGGCCAUCGCGGUCGCCUACUACGGUCCGCUCUAUGGCCUUGGCACGAGCCUACCCAGCCGCAUUGACGCCUUUGAGGCGUGGUUCCGCGCCCACGGCGGCCUCGCGACGCACGUGCGUCUUGCGCCGUUCGAGGGGAUGGGCCUCGGCCUCCAAGCCACCGCCACGAUCCAUGCCAACGACCAAGUGCUCUUCGUGCCCAGCGACAUCAUCAUCGGUCGCGACGUGGCCUUGAACGCGCUGCCGAAAGCGAUGCGAAAGAAAGUGACCGCCCUGUCUUCCGACAACGACGUGCUCGCGACCUUCUUGGUCUACGAAAAGCUCAAGGGGCCAAAGUCCAAGUGGGCGCCGUACCUUGCGGUUUUACCGACCGAAAUUGCGCUGCCCAUGGAAGCGCCGGACGCUGCGCUACUCGAGUUGCAGGAUCCCGGUCUUGUCCAGACCAUUCGCGCACGCCAAGCCGCCCUCCGCGCCAGCUUUGCGACGCUCGAGUCGACGCUGGCGCGCUUCUUCGCGCCGUUCGGGACACUACCGACGCUCGAGCUCCACACGUGGGCGCAUGCAGUGCUGUCGUCCCGCGCCCUCACAAUCUCGGGGCGCCGCCUCCUCGUGCCCUUUGCCGACAUGUUUAACGGCAAGCCGCACGAGGUCGCGCGGGCGGCCCGGGGCGGCGCACACUUUCUGGACUUUCACCGCUUGGAGAAGGACGGCAUGUACAUUUUGGCCGACCGCGCUGUUGGCCCACUCGACCAGCUCUUUGAAGACUAUGGCGACAGUCCGAAUCACAUUUACUUUGUGCACCACGGCUUUCUCAUGGACGCCAACCCAUUCGACUGCGUGCACGUCCUUCUGCCGCUAUCGGCGCUACCGCCGUCCUUGCAGGCGCCAUUUCGCCGGCUCUUGUACAGCGAUGAGAUCGUCGACGACAUGCUCCAAGCGUGCUUUACGCCCACCGCCACAACAACGAGUGCAGUCGCCAGCGCCUACCUCCAGCUCGUAGUCUUGAGCGAAAACGAAGCGACGCGCUGCGUGACGCAGCUCGCGUCCUGUGCCAACGUCCACGUGGACGUGCCCACGCUGCUAGGUCGGGACACCAAGUACGCCGAGUGGCUCCUCGCUCACAUCCAUAAGCAAGUCGCGGCAUCGCCGACGCAGCUCCAAGACGACUUGGCGCUCCUGAGCGAUGGCAGCGCGCCGUACCCCCACUUCGUCGCGUACCGAGCGCGCCAAAAGCAACUUUUGCUGCGUUUGCAAGCGCAUUUGACGCAGCUGCCGCCAGUUGCGCAUGUACCGGCGCCGAAAAAGUCGCUCCAAAUCCCGAUUGCCACGACCGCUGUCGCCGCGCGCCUCGCCCGCUUCCACGAGUGGGUCACCUCGUUUGACGUUCCGUCGCUCAAGAUCCGCGUGCAGUACAGCGGUCCGCUGCUCGGGUUUGGUGCGUUUGCCACCGACGACAUUGGCCUCGAUGAGAUCUAUGUGGCGAUCCCACCGCUCAUGCUCAUGGACGUGGCUUCGGCCAUGCGCUGCACUGUGCUCGGACCCGUCUUUCGAUCGCUCUAUUCGUCGACGGGCAGCCGCGAUCCAAUGCACGAGCUGCUGCUGCAUGUCAUGCACGAACGCUACGUGCUUGGCGACGCGUCCGCGUGGUUUCCGUACUUGGAUCUCUUGCCAGCGCUCAAUGAGGUGCCCGCGACACCUCUCUUUUACACCGAGGCCGAGCUGGCGCUUUUGGAGGGUACUGACCUUGGCGGCCUCGUACUAGCGUAUCGCGACCAAGUGACCAAGAGCUACGACGCCAUUCGACGCGUCUUCCCGAGAGACGUCUUUUCUUUGGCUGCGUACACGCACACGCGGUUUCUCCUGGACACGCGGAGCAUCUGGUGGGGUGGCGAGCGUCACUUGGUGCCGAUCUUGGACAUGGUCAACUGCUUGGGCGAGGGCCCGGUCCAUUCGACGGUCCUUGAAAGCGGCGUCUCGGCCGUCGCGCCAACCGAGGCGUUUGCGUCGACGCGGGCCAAGACGGCGUUCGCAGCCGGCGCCCAAGUGUUUGAAAACUACGGCCAGCCCAAUUGGAUCUACCUCUUGUACCAUGGCUUUGUCCUCGAGAAGAACCCGUCCGACUGUCUCCACGUCAUCCUCAACUUUGCAUCCCUCACUACCGUUGACGCCAACGUGCAAAAGCGCAUGGCAUCGCGGCUGCAGACGCUGGGCGUCGCGUCGCCGGCCGCCGAGUUUUGCCUCCAGCUCACCGACGAAAUCCCCAAAUCGCUCCUGACGGUGGCCGCCAUGUAUACCACAUCGAGCGUGGCGCGGGGCGUCUCGCUCGAAGCGCAGUGGCAAGCGCUGCAUGACGUGCUUUCCCAGAAGCGGAGCGUACUCGCGGCCAAGCUCCAAGUGCCAGAAGCCGACUAUGGACGGCGCGGCAAUGGGCGGCGCAACGAAGCCACGAUCCGGCGCUACCUCGAAAGCCAACUGCAUCUCCUAGAUAGACGUCUUGAUGAGCUCACGAUGAAGCUAAGCGAACCGCUCAUGGUCGUGGAGCAGCGCUCAUGGCUGCGCCUGUCCAUCUUCCCCGACAUGUUCUGGGGCCUCCUCAGCAUCAUCCAGCUCUUCUUCUCGACCUUCUUUGGCGGGGCGCCUGACACCAAGUACUCGUCCAGUCGCCGCGGUGGAGGCGGCGGCGGUGGCGGUCCCGGCGGUCCACGACGCCCAAUCGGUCGCCUUCAACCCAGCACGUGCGUCCCAGCUGGCGGCGGCUGA